UUGCUUUGUCGCAAUUGGCCCUGGCGUUCUAUCUCCUCCUCCUUUCUGUCCACACGGCGCGCGUUCGGAGGCUGUCUACUUGGUAUAAGGUUACUGAGCCGCUAUCUGCAGUUCAGAAUCGGAUUCGAUUGCAUGAAGGUUGAUCAGCAGCGUUGUCUCAGAAAAUAGUUCUGCUCUUGCUGGGUUUGCAUCUUCAGUCGAUCUGCCCUUAUGGCUUCCAGCUGCGCAGUUAUGCAGUCCAUCGCCGUUGCGAAGGUGCAGGCCUCAGUUAGUGCGCAGGCAACUAGCAAGAGCACUCUACCAAGCUCUGCGCUGUUCGGGUGCAGUAGCAAGGUCUCCGUAAAUGUGACCCUCGGCGUCGCCAAGGGCAAGAGCCGUGUUGUGUGCGAGGCCGAGGGCGAGAAGAAGAAGGUGGACAGGUGGGCUGGACUCGGCAAUGACAUCUCCGAUGACCAGCAAGACAUCCAGCGGGGGAAGGGUAUGGUGGACGCCCUCUUCCAGGGCGCUACGGGCCUCGGAACCCAGGUUGUGACCAUGAGCUCCUGGGACUACGUUAGCACUGCACAACGGACUUACAACUUUGACAACACGAGUGAUGGGCUGUACAUUGCGCCUGCUUUCAUGGACAAGCUGGUGAUUCACGUCUGCAAGAACUUCAUGAACUUACCGGGCAUUAAGGUUCCUCUCAUCCUCGGCGUGUGGGGUGGUAAGGGUCAGGGAAAGUCUUUCCAGAGUGAGCUGGUCAUGAAGAAGCUCGGAAUCAACCCUAUCAUGAUGAGUGCUGGAGAAUUGGAGUCUGGAAACGCCGGAGAACCCGCCAAGCUCAUCAGGCAGAGGUACAGGGAAGCUGCAGCCAUCAUCCAGAAGGGUAAGAUGUGCUGUCUCUUCAUCAACGAUCUCGACGCUGGUGCUGGACGUAUGGGAGGUACCACCCAAUACACUGUCAACAACCAGAUGGUGAACGCCACCCUCAUGAACAUCGCCGACAGCCCCACCAACGUGCAGCUGCCCGGAGUGUACAACAAGGAAGAGAUCCCUCGUGUGCCAAUCAUCGUGACCGGAAACGAUUUCUCGACUUUGUACGCACCCCUGAUCCGUGAUGGGCGUAUGGAGAAGUUCUACUGGGCGCCCACCCGUGAGGACAGAAUUGGUGUGUGCAAGGGUAUCUUCAGAUUGGACAACAUCAGCGACGACAACGUCACCAAGAUGGUCGAUAUGUUUCCUGGGCAAUCCAUCGACUUCUUCGGCGCUUUGAGGGCCCGAGUGUACGACGACGAGGUUAGGAACUGGAUUUCAGCAACCGGAGUGGAGAACCUCGGAAAGAACUUGGUAAACUCCAAGGAUGGCCCCCCGGAAUUCAAGAAGCCCGCCAUGACCAUCGAGAAGCUGAUGGAGUAUGGACAAAUGUUGGUGCAAGAGCAGCAAAACGUGAAGCGAGUCCAACUUGCAGAGCAAUACCUGAAUUCCGCUGCCCUCGGUGACGCAAACGCCGAUGCCAUCAAGCAAGGAAAAUUCUGAAGAUAAAGCUCACACUUUUGCAACCCUCACUUGCAAGUUGGGCCCAAUAUAGAGCAACCUAUCUCGUGCACAGCCUUCUCCUCCAGCCCUUUGAUUCACAGCCUAGUUGUGCACAUGGACUACACUCACAACUACCCUAGUGUGUGUUGUAGAGAAGAGCUCCCCCUCUGAGCAUCAAAUGCCGAUGAUGCUCGGGGUGUAAUCGGGUCUCUUAUGCCCUUCUUUGCGAAGAUAAUUGAAGGUGGUCCAGCUUUUUACUCA